CUGUACCGCGACGGCAAGCGNGUACUCGAAUGCCUCCAGCGCGCACUGCGCGUCGCCGACGCCUGCAUGGACACGGCAGUCUCGGUGGAGCUAUUCGUGGAGAUCCUGAACCGCUACGUGUACUACUUUGACCAGCAGAACGAGACGGUGACGACCAAGUAUCUGAACGGGCUGAUCGAGCUGAUCCACUCGAACCUGCAGACGGAUGAGGGGGAAGCAAACCCGAGUUUGGAGAACCCCCGACGGCAUUUUGAGCGGACGCUCGAGUAUAUUCGGUCGAGGGAGUAUGAGGGGGUAGUUACGGAGCCGAGGCAAUAA